AUGCUCAUUGAUUCCGGAUCUGAACUCUCUUUCAUUUCGGAAUCAACGGUAUCUCAUCUCAAUCUAACAAGGUAUCACUCAAACAUCUCAAUCAUCGGCAUUGGAGCAACAAAUUCUGGUAACACUCGAGGAGUUGUUUCAAUCACUCUCAAAUCAAUCCAUUCCUCAAAAUCAAUUUCUCUCCACGCAUACGUUCUUUCAAAAUUGUCGUCAACGCUUCCUACCACCACUCUUCCAUCUCUCAAAUGGUCUCAUCUUCAAAACAUCCCUCUUGCCGAUCCCGAUUACAUCAUUCCAAUGAAAGUUGAUCUCAUCAUUGGAGCGGACGUGUAUGCUCAAAUCAUUCAACCGGACAUCAUCAAGGGACCUUCCUCAACACCCAUGGCUCAACUUACCAUCUUUGGUUGGGUAAUUCUGGGACCAACCGAUGGCAAUUCAAUCAAGGAACAUUCAUCUCAUCAUCUGAUUGUGGAUCAGCAACUGGAUGAUCUUCAAGAUCUUCUCACUAAAUUCUGGACUCAAGAAGAAGUACCUACCAAGGAAAAGGAUCAACUCACAACUCAAGAAUUGGAAUGCGAGGAGCAUUUCAAGGCCACUUACUCAAGGGACUCCAAGGGCAAAUACAUCAUUCGACUUCCAAUCUCAUCAUCACCGAGUCAACUUGGCGACUCAUUCUUCAAGGCUCAACGGUGUCUUCAUCGGCUCUUCAAACGAUUUUCAACUCAAGGACUUCUUAAGGAUCGCUACUUUGCAUUUCUUACGGAAUAUGAAGCUGAUGGACACAUGGUCAAGGCUCCUCCAAGGGAUAGUAGCCUUACAAACUAUUAUCUACCUCAUCACGGAAUCCUCAGGGAGCAAAGUACCACAACAAAAUUAAGGGUUGUUUUCAAUGGUUCAAGCCCUUCCACAUCCGGUGCCUCUCUCAACUCAAUACUUCACACUGGUGCAAAACUUCAAAAGGACAUCUCCGACAUUUUACUCUGGGUAAGAAGAUUUCGAUACAUCUUUUCUACGAACAUCACCAAGAUGUUCAGACAAAUCAAGGUACAUCCGGACGAUUGGGAUCUACAACGAAUCAUCUGGGUGGAUUCAAACAACAAGGAAAUCUCUUACCAACUCACCACGGUCACCUACGGAACAAAAUCUGCACCAUUCUUGGCGGUAAGGGUACUUUUACAACUCAUUCAAGACGAAGGUUACAGGUUUCCUCUGGCUGUGCCCGCACUUCUCAAUGGUCGAUACAUGGACGACAUCUACGGUGGUUCUGAUGAGGUGUCAGAACUCAAGGACAUAGCCAAGGAUCUCAUCGAUCUUCUCAACUCUGGCGGAUUCCCUCUAGCUAAAUGGCAAAGCAAUCACCCCGAUUUCUUCGACGCUGUAACAAGGAAAGGCGACUUGAAUUCCCACUUAAUCGAUCACACUCAAACCAAGGUUCUCGGUCUCUCAUGGUGUCCAAGGUCAGAUGAAUUCAAGUUCUCAUUUGAGCCAACAUCUCUCCCAGGUCAAGGAAUAUCCAAAAGGUCUAUCUUAUCCGAGGUAUCUCAAUUGUUUGAUCCCCUAGGAUUUCUUUCUCCCGUCAUCAUCCGAGCCAAAAUGUUGCUGCAGGAACUGUGGCUUGAGAAAUUGGGUUGGGACGACCCUUUAUCUGAGAAACUAUCUUCAAGGUGGAUCAAAUUCAAGGAAGAGCUAGCUCAACUCCCCGCGAUCUCAAUCCCUCGAUGGCUCAAUCUCACAUCAACCUCAACUACGGAAAUUCAUGGAUUCUCGGACGCAUCACAACUCGCAAUGGCAGCUGUUGUUUUUCUCAAAACCUCGGAACCAAACCAAGAAUCAAAAGUUACAUUUGUUUGUGCCAAAACCAAGGUUGCUCCCCUCAAACGUCUAACCAUUCCAAGGUUGGAACUCUCGGCUGCUCAACUCUUGGCACGACUUGUGAACUACGUUCAACGGACCCUGGAAUUAUGUCAAGUUCCAGUAUUCCUGUGGACAGACUCAUCGGUAGCCCUCACUUGGAUCAACAGCCACCCCUCUCGUUGGAAGGAAUUUGUACACAACAGGGUAUCUUCGAUCCAUGACCUCGUCCCUCAAGGUCAAUGGAGAUUCAUCAAAGGAAAAGAAAAUCCUGCUGACUGUGCAUCAAGGGGCCUAUCAAUUCAACAACUCUCUCAACAUCACUUCUGGUGGAAUGGUCCACCAUGGCUCAAGGACAUCAAGGAAAACUGGCCCUCAUCAACCUCAAGGUCGGAUUCAUCAGCUCAAGUCGAAGAAAGACCAGGAUUAACAUUUACUGUUACCACCUCUCACCCCCAAUUGUGGGAUCUGAUUCAUCAAUACUCAGAUCUGCACUCAUUGUUAAAAAUCACCUCAAUUUGCCUCAGAUUUCUCGCUAUUCUCAAAAGGAUUUCCAACUCUUCUCUGGCCAACCCAAUCGGACUCAAGGAUCUCGAUCUUGCAAGGACAUUCUGGAUCAAGAAUAUUCAAGUGGCCUACUUCUCAGCAGACAUCAAGGAUCUCAAUCGAGGCACAAAAUUCUCAAGGUCUCAUCCGCUUUCCAAACUCAAUCCAUUCAUCGAUCAUCAAGGUAUUCUCAGAGUCGGAGGUCGACUCAAACACUCAAGUUUGGAUCACGAAAGCAAACAUCCUGCUAUUCUACCCAAGGAUUCUCCCCUCACUCGACUUCUGAUAGCGGAUGCUCAUUCAAGGACUCUUCACGGAGGAACUCAACUCACCUUGACUCAUCUAAGGAAUUCCUACUGGAUCAUCGGAGGAAGACAACCAGUAAGGUCAUUCAUUCUCAAGUGCAUUCCUUGUGCUCGACAAAGAGGAAUUCGUGCUCAACAACUCAUGGGUCAACUACCUUUGGAAAGAAUCACCCCUUCAAGGCCAUUUCUCACUUCUGGGGUUGACUACGCCGGUCCAAUCACCCUCAAAUCCUGGACAGGUCGUGGAGCUAAAACGAAAAAGGGAUGGAUUUGUCUCUUUGUGUGCUUCUCAUCAUCGGCUCUGCAUCUCGAGGUAGUGACGGAUUAUUCCACCAACGGAUUUCUCGCAGCCUACCGCCGAUUUGUCUCAAGGAGAGGUAUUUGUCAAACACUCUACAGUGAUUGUGGUACCAACUUCAUCGGCGCGGACACUACUCUCAAGCAACUCUUCAAGGACGGAUCUCAAGAAGCCAAGGAACUCUCUCAACUACUGAUCAAGGACGGCACCUCCUGGAAAUUCAACCCUCCAGCAGCUCCACACAUGGGUGGAAAAUGGGAAGCUGCCGUGAAAUCAAUCAAGUAUCAUCUCAGAAGGACGAUCGGCGAGACGAUUUUGACGUACGAGGAAUUUACGACUCUUCUUACGCAAAUCGAAGCGGUUCUCAACUCCCGACCAUUGGAACCUCUUACAGAGGACCCUGACGACUUGUCAGUUCUCACACCAGGACAUUUUCUCAUCGGGGAACCACUCACAUCAAUACCGGAACCAUCCCUCUUGGACCUGAAAACUUCAAGGUUAACAAGGUGGAAAUUGAUUCAACAACAAGCUCAAUUUUUCUGGGCGAAGUGGUCCACCUGUUAUCUUCAACAACAACUCGCUAUCUCCAAGUGGCAUCAUCCAACACAUCAAAUCAAGGUUGGUUCUCUAGUUCUCCUCACUGACGAAAGGUUCCCUCCCUCAAAAUGGCCUUUAGCUAGGGUCACUGCAUUAUACCCUGGCAAGGACGGUCUCACCAGAGUCGUUUCAAUUAAAACUGCAACGACACAUCUCAAACGACCAAUCACCAAGUUGGCUGUGCUCCCUAUCUCGACGGAAGAAGCUCUCAAGGACAUAACUCAACCUAAAUGGAUCGUCAACUCCGUUGCCGAUGGGGGGAGUAUGUUCAAUUCUGAGUGA